AUCUCGUCAACCAUUGCCAGUUUGAGUGCUUCAAUUCAGUCUUUUGUUCAUUUUUUGGUUUUGUUCCAUCUCAGCCAUGCCGACCUACGAAGCCAUGUUCAUGAUGCGCCAGUGCAAGAAGCACGACAUCAUGAGCUUGUGCGCUCAGUUGUUCGCCACUGUGCACAAGGAUGGCGGCUCGGUGCUGAGCUUCAAACACUUUGGCUUGGAGCUGUUGCCGUAUCGCAUGCGUGGGCUUGGAUCGAGCCACUUGACUGCCCGUCGCUUUACGAUCAACAUGCACGUUUCCACGCUGGCCGUGCCAGUGCUCGAGUCGUGGCUCAAGGCACAUCAAUCGGUUGCACGCUAUCAGCUCUUCCGCACGCCCGACUUGUGGAAGCAGCAGAAGCGCCGUGCGUGCGCGCGUGUCGCCUCGGGAGAUCCCAUCAAGGAUCUGACCCCAGUGUCGACGCUCCCCGUCCCGUUGGUGCGCACCGCUGGCGGCGGCGGCCGCCUCAAUCUAGUGCGCUCUAUGGUGCCGGCUGCGCGCUUGUCUGGCGAGAAGCAAGAGUUUUUCUAUCCGCCCGACCGAGCCACCGUCGAGGCCACCGCGCAGCAAGUGUUUAGCUCCACCGGCUCAAUGAUUGUAGAAGACUUUGUCAAGAGUCUCGGCUUUGAUCGUGCGGCCUUCUCUGAGGAGCUUGCUCGCGCCGUCAACGAAGCAGACCCCUCCGAAAGCCCCGUCUCGUCCACGGACGCGCUGCAGCAACUACGGGCACACGUUCUGACCGUGAACGAGCUCGUUUCCCGCCAGUCCAACUCGGCCGGCGUCCAUCUCAACGUGCCCCGAAACAUCCUGCCGCCACGCCAGGCUGCCAUGGAUUUGUUCGCCGACAACAACGAUAUCCAAGCAGUCGGCACCGAUGCCCCGCAGCCAGUCUCCACCAGUUCUGGCAUGACCCCGCUGGUCUUCCUCGUGCAGAACGCAGCCUCCAUGACAGUGCCCGAGCUUCGGCGGUUUUUGCGCGCACGCUUUGAGGAAGCGUUCAAGCUGCAAACCUCGGCCCAGCUUGCAAAAGUUGACACGGCCGUUCCUUCUGGCAGCGAUGCGUCUGUCGAUCUGGAUGCGCUGCUGCUCAGUCUCACUCCCAGCUCCGACACUCCCUCGUCCUCCACUGCAGACGACGCCGAGCCAGUUGCAACUUCAGCUUCACAGAGCAAAUGGAUUGAUGCCGCCUGGACCAAGGUCCGGAACGAUAUUGCCGACCUCGAGUCCGAGUUUGAGAGCUCUGCUUCUUACGAGCGCGUUCAAAAGAUUGUUGACCGUCUGCGACGCUCCAAGGAGGAAGCUGAUGUAUAGCGGCCCUCCCCCCCCCUCACACAUGUUUUGUAUCAAUAGCUAACUAGUUUAAACGUCGAAUGUCCUUCACGCCGACC